AUUAUAUGUAAGCCAUAAUCAUCAAAACUACAAGGAAUUGUCAUCGUUCGUUUAAUUGUUUUGACCCACAUGCAGAGAGACACUCAGGAGGCAGGAGAAAAGUUUAUUUAAAAGGAGAAUAGUGGAACCGGGACUGGAGACUGCACGGGAGAGAUGCAGGAGGUAAGUAAUCUUAAAUUAUGUUUAGGAAACAGAUGGAAAACAAUCUUAAGCGGAGGUGAGUUUGAUGAGGAAGAAUGUCGAGUCAGGGAGAGCUGUGAGACUGCUGCUGAGUCUGUGGUAGUCCAAAGUGGUGGUGAGUUUCUUAGGGGAUGGUUUCAGAUGAGAUCUUGGCAAUUUGAUUCUGUGAAUUUGGUUACCUGAUGAGAUUCUCAGAAGCUGGUGGUGGGUUGUUAGUUGGUGGAGGGUGAGCUGGGUUCGCUUGGAGGAGGACAAGGGCUUUGAGCGGUCAGCUAGUACUUGAUCCAAGUAGAUUCCUUGGGAGCUUGGAAACUUGACAUUGGACCUGGAGCCAGGGCUGAAAGUUGCUGGAGCUUGGACUGAAAGUCACCUAGGAAGGAGCACAUGAAAGGAUGACUGCAGAUAGGAAACACCUGCUACCCUCCACACCAGGGGAUCCUGGCAGCAUCUAGUGGCUCACGGUUUGAUCUGCACACAGGAAAAGUGUGUGUCCGGGCUCUGGAAGUGACCGUGUCCCAGAGCAGCAUCCAGGUGGCUCGGGGCCAGGCGGCCAUCCUGCCUUGCUCCUUUACCACUAGCGCUGCCCUCACCAACCUCAACAUAAUCUGGAUGGUGAUCCCACUGUCCAACGCUAACCAGCCAGAACAGUCGAAGCAGGUGAUAAUUUACCAGAAUGGUCAGGUGUUCACCCUCCCUAACCACCUCAAGGGUCGUGUGGGCUUUGCGGCCACCAUGCCAAGCACAAGUGCCUCCAUUUUCAUCAACAACACCCAGUUGUCAGACACUGGGACGUACCAGUGCCUGGUGAACAACUUUCCCGACGGAGGGGGGCGUAACAUCGGUGUCAUUGGGCUCACAGUGUUGGUGCCCCCCUCAGUGCCAGCAUGUCGAAUCCAGGGAACGCUAGAUGUAGGCAGCGACAUCAUGCUGUUCUGCAGCUCAGAGGAAGGCAUUCCCACGCCAUCUUACUCCUGGGAGAAGCUCGACGCGCUGCCCAAGCUGCCACACAACGCCAUGCAAGAUCAGAUGCAGGGCACUGUCACCCUGAGAAAUAUCAGCACCAGCACCUCAGGGCUCUACCAGUGCACCUCCAGCAAUGCCAUUGGCAAGAGCACAUGUGUGCUAAACCUGGAGGUUGUAGCCCCCCAGCCUCAGAGUGUAGGUCUGAUCGCAGGGACCAUUGCUACAGGAAUCCUCGCUGUCGUCAUCUGUUCACUGUUAGUGGUGGUCACACUGUUCUACUGGAAGAACAAGAACAAAUACGACGAAGAGGAGAUUCCUAAUGAGAUCAGAGAAGAUGAUUUACCUCCUAAGCGGUCAUCAUCAGUGAAGGCUUUCCAUGCAGAUGCCUCUUCCUCAGAGAAUGACACACUGACUUCUACAAACACGUACAACAGCCGCUACUGGCACAACCCUAAAACCAACUACGACACCAACUCCUACACACGCUACAAUGGAGACACCCGUCAGACCUUCACAGCUGCUCCUGCUACUGCUGCACAUGGACCCCACGGAGCCCACAGUCACGGACGAGCUCAAAACGCUACACAGGGCCGAGAAACAGCAGUCACUGCUCCAGGCUCCACCCCGCUAACCCGCCACCCGCCGCCCACUAUGGCAACAACCACAACAACAUCGUUUGCAAACGGCGGCCACAUGCUCUCGCCACCCAAGACUCUGGUAGUCACAACAAACUCUGCCCCAUCCCCUCCCUCCAUGGUGCGCAGCAACGGCACAGUAAGCCUCAAACCAGUGGUGACAUCCUCACACGGGCACCACACGCACUCGUACGCUGUUAGCCAGGCAACACUGGAGCGGAUGGGAGCAGUGCCGGUCAUGGUGCCCGCUCAAAGCAGAGCAGGUUCACUAGUUUAAAAACCUGAUUUGAGGCUCUACUAACAAGACUAAAAAAGCGUUUGUUUGAGAAGUUUGAGAUGUAAAAAAAAAAAAAAACAGAGUAUGGGCUGAAGCAGCCCACAACCCUUUACAGUUGUGUCUUUUAGUAAGACUUUUUUUAAUCACAAACAGAAAGAAGUUAAAUAGUUUGGGUUUUACUGUGCAGAGUUCGUUUGAUGCCAAUUCUUUAAUGGACAUGAUGCUACUUUUUUUUGUUUCUUUUUUUUUUUGAUCGGAUUUUCUGUUGGUGAGAACAGUGGGAUUGAUUUCUUUCUUCAAACCCCCUGGAUGAUUUCACAAGGCUCGUGCAAAACCCAGAAUCCCAGAUUUUAUUCGGGGCUGGAUCAUUGUCAUGAUGUGUAUUUUGUAUUUUCUUUUGUUUGUUUUUUUGUUAUUUUUGGAACCAAACCAGACAUUGUUUUUGCAGCGUGUCAGUUUGCAUGGUCAAACAGAAAUAAGCUUUGAAUCCCACAAAUAAUGCAUGUGUCCUUUGAGUUAGUCAGCUUUAUUUCUCUUUACUUCUUCUCGCUCUUAGGUUUUGAUUGACAUCAAUGAUAAAUGUUGCAAAAAAGUGAAUGUGGAAAGAAAUUAUUUAGAGUUUCCAAAUUCAUUAGAGUAAAGAAUGAAAUGAUAGAUGAAAUGGCCUUAGAAGGUUGG